AUGUACACAGCUCCAGAGGUGUGGCUCACCCCACUGGCCCCACCCCUCCGCCCCCGUGACGUCGUGGCCUCGCUGGUCUCCACCCGCUUCAUCAAGCUCACCUGGCGCCCUCCUGCUGAGCCCAACGGAGACGACCUCACCUACUCUGUCUACUUCAAUCAGGAGGGUACCAACAGGGAGCGUAUCCUGAACACCAGUCGGCCAGGUGAGAUGCAGGUCACCAUUCAGAACCUGAUGCCCGACUCCAAGUACAAGUUCCGGGUGGUGGCACACAACAAGAACGGCCUGGGAGAGAGCUCUGCCGUCCUCAAGGUGGCCACCCAGGGUGAAGUGCAAGUUCCUGGCCCCGCCCCCAACCUGCAGGCUGUGUCGACCACACCCACCUCCGUCACCCUCAGUUGGGACACGCCCCUCACUGGUAACGGAGACGUCCUCACCUACAAGGUCUACUAUAUGGAGAAGGGUCUGGACACCUCUCAGGACAUAGACGCUGGAGCUCUGUCCUACACCUUGAUGGGUCUGAAGAAGUUCACAGAGUACAGCAUUCGAGUGGUGGCCUUCAACAAGCACGGUCCGGGAGUGUCCACAGAGACAGUAUCAGUCACCACCCUGUCUGAUGUCCCCAGUGCCCCUCCUCAAAACCUCACUGUGGAAGUUCACAACUCAAAGAGCAUCAUGGUCCGAUGGCAGCCCCCACCACCAGGCGCCCAGAACGGCGAGAUUACUGGGUAUAAGAUCCGUUACCGGAAAGGAACGCGGAAGAGCGAGGCGGCAGAAACCACGGGAGGCACCCAGCUAUUCCAACUCAUCGACGGCUUGAGCGGGGGGACAGAGUACACGAUCAGAGUAUCAGCCAUCACAGUGAACGACGACGGCCCCACAGAGUGGAGCACCGCAGAGACCUCUCUUGAGCACCUGGACGAGUCCAGGGUGCCAGACAUCCCCAGCUCGCUACAUGUGCGCCCGCUGGUCAACAGCAUCGUGGUGAGCUGGACGCCGCCGGAGAACCAGGACAUGGUGGUACGAGGCUACACCAUCGGCUACGGCAUCGGCAGCCCCCACGCCCAGACCAUCAAGGUGGACUACAAGCAGCGCUACUACAGCAUUGAGAACCUAGACCCCAGCUCUCACUAUGUGAUAACCCUGAAGGCCUUCAACAACGUGGGGGAGGGGAUCCCUGUAUACGAGAGCGCCAUCACCAGGCCACAGUCAGACCCCAUAGACCCUGAUGUUGAUGUGUAUGAACUCUUCCAUGCGCCAUACACACCAGUACCAGACCCCACCCCCAUGCUACCUCCCGUGGGCGUACAGGCCUCGGUGCUCAGCCACGACACCAUCAAGGUGACCUGGGCCGACAACUCUCUGCCCAAGAACCAGAAGAUCACGGACGCACGCUACUACACGGUGCGCUGGAAGACCAACAUCCCCGCCAACACCAAGCUCAAGACGGCCAACACCACCAACCUGAGCCACAUGGUGACGGGCCUGAAGCCCAACACGCUCUAUGAGUUCUCUGUCAUGGUGACCAAGGGCCGGAGGACCAGCACCUGGAGCAUGACGGCCCAGGGAACCACCUUUGAGACCAUUCCCAGCUCGUCCCCCAAAGAUGUGACUGUGGUGAGCAAGGAGCUGAAACCACGUACCAUUAUAGUCAACUGGCAGCCCCCCUCAGAGGCCAAUGGAAAAAUCACAGGCUACAUAAUCUACUACAGUACUGAUGUGAAUGCGGAGGUGCAUGACUGGGUGAUAGAGCCGGUGGUGGGCAACAGGUUGACCCACCAGAUCCAGGAGCUGACUCUGGACACCACCUACUACUUCAAGAUCCAGGCCCGUAACUCCAAGGGAAUGGGCCCAAUGUCCGAGGCCGUACACUUCCGCACCCCCAAGACUGAAUCCUCUGACAAAAUGGCUAAUGACCAAGCCAAUUUGCCAGUUAAACCAGGAAGUAACCAACCACCUCUUGACCAUGGCUUUGGGUCUUCACACGGAAAACCAGGAAUUACAGGAAGUGGGGACAACCACAUCCUGGUCAUCGUCGUCAUCAUCUCUGUGGGAGCGUUCACCAUCAUUGUGGUGGUUGUGGGGGCCUUCCUCUGCACACGACGCACCACCUCCCACCAGAAAAAGAAGCGGGCGGCCUCCAAGUCGUCCAACAGCUCCCACAAGUACAAGGGCAACUCCAAGGACCUGAAGCCUCCAGACCUAUGGAUCCACCACGAGCGGCUGGAGCUCAAGCCCAUUGACAAGUCCCCCGAGCCCAACCCGGUGAUGACUGACACCCCCAUCCCCCGCACCUCGCAGGACAUCAACCCCGUGGACCCCAGCCUGGACAACAGCCUGCUGCAGAGACGGAACUCCUACCGAGGCCACGAAUCAGAAGACAGCAUAUCUGCGCUGGCAGGGCGCCGGGGGAUGCGGCCUAAAAUGAUGAUGCCCUUCGAUACGCAGCCCCCCCAGCCUGUGAUUAGCGCUCACCCCAUCCAUUCCCUUGAUAACCAUCACCACCAUUAUCACACGGGCAGCCUGGCAUCCCCGACACGCAGCUACCUCCAUCACCACCAGGGCAGUGCCCACCUGCGCCCGCACACCUGCGCCACCCCCAUCUCCUAUCUAGACAUGGUGGGCUCCACAGAGUCGGUGAGGAACACCCCCAGCACAGAGCCCCUCCCACCCCAGGCCCAGCCCCCCUGCCAAGCCGAGCACCAGCACCCGGAACCCGAGGGCAGCUACCAAGACUCCACGGCCACCGACGAUGAGCCCAGCGCCAGCGGCAGCUACUGCAGCGCUGGCCAGCCCCCCACCGCCCACGUGCGCCCCACUCACCCCCUCAAGAGCUUUGCCGUGCCCGCCAACCCCGCCGCCAUCUUCGAGUCGCCCGCCCUGCCCAGCAUGCCGCUGCUUACUCAGACUGGGCCCCAGCUCCACUCAGUAAAGACAGCCUCCAUCGGCACCCUGGGCAGGGUACGGCCCCCCAUGUCAGUCACGGUGCCCAGUGCGCCAGACGUGCCCGAGACCAGCAAGAUGCUGGAGGAUGUAGACAGUAGCUACGAGCCUGAUGAGUUGACAGAGGAGAUGGCCCACCUAGAGGACCUGAUGAAGGACCUGAACGCUAUAACCACAGCCUGAGAACCACACGCCCACUCAUUACGCUGCUCACACACAUACAAGCAGACACACACACACAAAUCCAGGUAGUGACACACACACACAGGCAGGAACACACACACUGCCAGCCCUCAGCAAACUGGGAGCCCGAUGCCCCGGUACAAAAUGGAUACCGUAAAUGGAUCUUACACCCCACUGAAGACAAAACAAAAAAUCUCAACUGAAACUUUUCAACUUUUGGCUUCCCUUGCUCAGUCUCAGGAAGGAGAUGGCCAUUUUAAAAAGCAACAGUUCACCUUUUUAUGAAGAAACAUUCUCAGAGACGAUAUCUAACAUUGGUCGCUUUCAACCAGAGGAUUGUGAAUUUUCUCAGCACAAAAACUGAAAUGCAUCAGAAGGUUGCUCUCAUACUUUGAUUGCCGGGGAGACCGCUCCUAUGGUUGCCGGGGAGACCGCUCCUAUGGUUGCCGGGGAGACCGCUCCUGUGGUUGCCGGGGAGACCGCUCCUGUGGUUGCCGGGGAGACCGCUCCUGUGGUUGCCGGGGAGACCGCUCCUGUGGUUGCCGGGGAGACCGCUCCGACAGACAUCAUAUUGUGAUUCCAAGUCAAGAGGAAGAGUCAAAUAUGCCGGUAUUUCAUGUUGGUGCUCACGAAACACAAUCUAAACACAGUGUUUGUUUAAUUAGUGUCACUUAUUUGUGCGUUUUUGUAUAUCUAUUGCCCUGUUUCAGUGAAGUGAACGUUGGACAACAGUCCCCUCCAUUUCCAUAAAAGCGGUAAUUUUAUAGCUAUCAUUUUGAUCCAAUGACAUCUGUUUUCCCUACUCUGUGUUAUAUAUUGUGCCAAGUCUCUUAUUAUUCUCUAAUAUGCCAUGUAUGUUUUUUACAUAUCCGUAUAGAUAUGUACAUAUGUUUUUUUUAAACGGCCUCAUUCUAUUCCCCCCCCCAGCCUAGCCAAUCAUUUCAUUUUAUUUGGGAGGAGAGUGACAAAAUAGACCCUCAAACGCUCACUUUUCAUAUCUUGUAGGGAGAUGCCUUGCGUGUUAGUACAUUACAUUUGAAUGGUUUAUUGCGUUCUCUGGCAUUGUGUUGCCCCUUUAUACAUUGAAAUGUUGAGUCUUUUUGUUUAUGGGAGCUCUGUUUCAAAAAGCCUUACGAAACGUGUCCGUACGUUUACAUUGGAGAUGACUGUGCCCUCUGUGGACGUUUUCCAGUUACACUGUGAUCCCUCUGACACGCAGCAUCACCACUCUCAGACCAGCCUGGCCUUGGAGUGCCAAGUAGUAGGGCUUGUUAGCUGGUGACCUUUCAGAACCAUCUGUGGGACAUGAACCCUCCAGAGGCUGCUGGACUCGGAGUGCCUCACCCCGCAAUCACACAUCCUACCCAGUCAGUCGUUUCAAUGGAAUGGCAAUAUAUCAUAUGAAAGUGCUAUGAAAUGGAUGUCUUGUUUCCAAGAGCCAAUAUUUGGUUGAAGAGGUCUGUUUUUUGCUCUUUUAUCUCUCUCUGUCAUGUGAAAACCAGGUUUUUCAAUCAAGGAUAAGUGUUUACUGUUUAUCUGAGGUCUCUUAAAGAAACACUGCUUCAUUGCUCUUUUUAAAUGCUACUUGCAACGAUGUUGGCCUAUUGAAUGGGACUCCCAGAUUCAGAUUUUUUUUUACAUGUAGUUUGUUUUGUAUGAAGAAAAAAUAAACUUGUUCUGUACACAAUUCCAAUGUAAAACAAAUUAAAUAUGAUAAUGUAAGAAGCUAGUUUUUCAUCUGCCCUCUUACCCAAAGAAAUGUAAUUGCAAUCCUAGUUACAAGCUCUACUUUUGUGAAUACCAUGUUUCUCAUAAUGUACAUCAUCAUGAAUGUCAAUAUAACUGUAUGAGAUUUUACUUAUGGAUACAAAAGGAACAUGUAUAAAAAAUAUAAAAAAAAAAAAAGAAAGUGGACUGUAGGAAAAAGACAGGACGCUAAACCGUUGGGAAUAACCUAUUAAGUUGUAGACAGUCAAGCCUGUAUUGCACUUUUUCACAAUUUUUGAAAAAAAAAACAAAUCUUCCAUAUCUUGUGUUUUAAAUAUAAAAGCGAUGUUUCUGUAAAGUAGUGUCCUAGGUUAGCAGCAGGCAGCUGGUCUUGUUUUAAUGGUCAUUUGUUUUGAGAUAUGAAAUUGAACGGCAGGUUUUACUGUGCUGCUGAGGUAUUCUGUUGCUUGUUUCUGUACAGAGAUCUCUUUGCUUUCUGUAGGAUAUUCUGUGGCUUAAAAAAAAAAAAUCAAAUGUUUGAGAAAAAGUUAUUUUUAAUUUUUAUUGGUGCCCUUAUACAUUGUGUAUCCAACUAUUAUGAAUACUAACAAAGUUGAAGCUUCUA